CCCAGCUGGGGCUGGCGCGCAGGCGCAGGGAAGGAGGCCGCGUGGGGUGCUGGGGGCGGGGGGAGGCGGUGCUGGGCCCGUAGGGCCGUCAGCGGGAUAUUCCGGAGCGGCGAGAGCGGAUUUUCCCUCUUGGUACCCAAUGGCUUUCUUUACUGGGCUCUGGGGUCCUGUCGCCCAUGUAAGCAGAGCACUCAGCCAGCGCUGUUUCAGCACCACGGGGACCCGCAGUGCCAUUCAGAAGAUGACUCGCGUGCGUGUGGUGGACAACAGUGCCCUGGGGAACACCCCGUACCAUCGCCCUCCUCGGUGCAUCCACGUGUACAACAAGAGUGGGGUGGGCAAGGUGGGCGACCAGAUACUGCUGGCCAUCAAGGGACAGAAGAAAAAGGCGCUCAUCGUGGGGCAUCGCAUGCCCGGUCCUCGGAUGACCCCCAGGUUUGACUCCAACAACGUGGUCCUCAUCGAGGACAAUGGGAACCCUGUGGGCACCCGAAUUAAGACACCCAUCCCCACCAGCCUACGCCAGAGGGAAGGCGAGUUUUCCAAGGUGUUGGCCAUUGCUCAGAACUUUGUGUGAACAGAGCCCAGGUCGCUGGCGGCAGUGGGGCUCACGAAUGGAGCAGUUCCAAAAACCGCGCUGUUGCUGAUGGGGAGCUUGGGACCCGUGGCUGGGGAACAGUGUCCUGUGAGAAAUAAACAUUUUCAUGUA